CCCUGUUUGACCACCAGGUUUUAUGGGUAUUAUGACACCUCCACUGUGGUGCUAUAUAGGAAUGAAUGGCAGAAGAGGCAUAGGUGAUGCAUUUCUUGCUUUUACUUAUGGAGGAGAAUAAAAGGCAUGUGUGUAAAAUACAUUGCAUUCGGGAAGUAUUCAGACCCCUUGACUUUUUCCACAUUUUGUUACGUUACAGCCUUAUUCUAAAAUAACUUUUUAUUUAUUUUAAUCCAUCUACACACAAUACCCUGUCAUUACAAACCCAAAAUAGAUAUUUAGAAAUGUCAACAACAAAACAAUACGUCUUAUUUACAUAAGUAUUCAGACCCUUUGUUAUGAGACUCAAAAUUGAGCUCAAGUGCAUCCUGUUUCCAUUGGUCAUCCACGAUGUUUCUACAACUUCAUUGGAGUCCACCUGUGGUAAAUUCAAUUGAUUGGACAUGAUUUGGAAAGGCACACACGUGUCUAUAUAAGGUCCCACAGUUGACAGUGCACGUCAGAGAAAAACCAAGCCAUGAGGUUGAAGGAAUUGUCCGUAGAGCUCCGAGACAGGAUUAUGUUGAGGCACAGAUCUGGGGAAGGGUACCCAAAACAUUCUGCAGGAUUGAAGGUCCCCAAGAACACAGCGGCCUCCAUCAGUCUUAAAUGGAGAAAGUUUGAACCACCAAGACUUUUCCUAGAGCUGGCCGCCCGGCCAAACUGAGCAAUCGUGGGAGAAAGGCCUUUGUCAGGGUGGUGACAAGGAACCCAAUUGUCACUCUGAUAGAGCUUCAGAGUUCCUCUGGAGAUGGAGAACCUUCCAGAAGGACAACCAUCUCUGCAGCACUCCACCAAUCAGGUCUUUAUGGUAGAGUGGCCUGACGGAAGCCACUCCUCAGUAAAAGGCACACGACAGCCCGCUUAGAGUUUGCCAAAAGGCCCCUAAAGGAAUUUGACCAUGAGAAACAAGAUUCUCUGGUCUGAUGAAACCAAGCGUGAACUCUUUGGCCUGAAUGCCAAGCUUCACAUCUGGAGGAAACCUGGCACCAUCCCAAGGGUGAAGCAUGGUGGUAUCAGCAUCGUGCUGUGGGGAUGUUUUUCAGAGGCAGGGACUGGGAGAUGAGUCGGAUCGAAGAAAAGGUGAACAGAGCAAAGUAUGGAGAUAUUUGAUGAACCUGCGCCAGAGCACUCAGGACCUCAGACUGGUGCGACGGUUCACCUUCCAACAGGACAAUGACCCUAAGCAAACAGCCAAGACAACGCAGGAGUGGCUUUGGCACAAAUCUCUGAAUGUUCUUGAGUGGUCCAGCCUGAACUUGAACCCAAUCAAACAUCUGCAGAGACCUGUAAAUAGUUGUGCAGCAAUCCAGUUGCAGAGGGAGGUGUUUAGUCCCAGGGUCCUUAGCUUAGUGAUGAGCUUUGUGGGCAGGAUGGUGUUACACUAAGCUGUAGUCAAUGAACAGCAUUCUCACAUAGGUGUUCCUUUUGUCCAGGUGGGAAAUGGCGGUAUGGAGUGCGAUUGAGGUUGCAUCAUCUGUUGGGGCGGUAUGUGAGUUUGUGAGUCUAGUGUUUCCGGGAUGACGGUGUUGAUGUGAGCCAAGACCAGCCUUUUAAAGCACUUCAUAGCUACAGACAGUUCCAGUGCCACCUGUGACUAUUGCCCAUUGUAUGCCUCUACGUACAGCAGCGAGCUACUGUUACAGAGGGCCAAUGUUGUGAAAUCAAAGGAAAUUCUGUUACCAUCAGAUCUUCUGAGUCUACAGACAGUGUUACUGCCAACCAUGUUACCUAAGAGUCGUCUGGGGAAGCGUUCCCCAUUAGGGGCGUUGGUGUGUACCUCCUGCCCCUCCAUGGAGAGCACACUGGAGACAGGGGGUCAUGGGGACCCCGAGGGGGGUGUGGGGGGCCCAACCAUGGGAUCACCAGGGCCACAGCAUCUCAGCAGGUUCAACAACAAACUACUUCCAGGACAGAAGGUGUAUGUGUUGUGUGGAGGGCGUGAGUGCACAGGGAUAGUGGAGCAACACAACCAUGUGGAUAAUGAGGUGGCCGUCCUACUGCCUGUCCUGGGACAGCAUGUCCUGAGGAAACUAGAGGACGUAUGGACCUGCCCCACCGUACCGCCUCCACCUUCUACUACGACACAAGGCACAGGCAGACCACACCAAAUGUCCUCCUGCAUCGACGUGCCCAGGAGGAGUGCGGAGACUAUGGAUGAGAUGAUGGCAGCCCUGGUUCUGACCAGCCUGUCCUGCAGCCCUCUGGUCCCGAGCCCUCCUCAGAAAGACACAGUCAUAGCAGGUUCUGCUGGUAUGGAGUGUGGAGGCGGGGAACUCUCAGACAGCGGAAGUAGUGGCUACUGGAGCUGUGACCAUGGCUACGGAAGCCCGGCUCCCUCUCCACCAAUCACAGAAACAGAGGGUCACAGCCUGUCCAUGCCCCCUGAUGAGGGAUUGGACAUGGAGCAGGUGCUGUUUGAUGAGCCAGCACCACGGAAACGCAGGAACUCAGUGAAGGUGGCCUACAGGUGUCUGUGGCCAAACUGUGGGAAGAUUCUGAAGUCUGUCGUUGGGAUUAAACGUCACAUCCGUACCCUGCACCUGGGCCAAGUCAGUGAGCAUGAGCGUUGCUCCUGCAGCGAGGAGGACUUCUACUACACAGAGAUCCAUCAGCGGGAGCCGCGGCCUCUCACCCGACCUCUAGGGGUCUCCACCCCCAGCACCCCAUGGCCGGCCUGCACCUCCACCUCCAGCCCCUCUCCCGCUGGCGUAGGACCAGGAGCUGGAGGAGACUCCCCCACAGAAGUGAGCCCCCAGCUCAGCCAGUCUGCCCCCUCCACCCCAGACUUCUUCUGGCAGGUCCACUCUGAGCACUCCUACCAGGUUCCAGUCCAGGUGGUGGCUCCACCUGUCUCGGUCUCCUCCUGCCAUUGUACCACACCUACCUCAACCCUCCACCCAAGACAGGGUGCGCCGUUCCGUGUGAGGUCAGUCAGUGUGGGAGAACAGUGGCUGCAGCAGCAGAGUUCCCCCAUCAGAACACACCCUGUCAGCACCUCUCCCCAACGCAGCCACUGGUCCGCAAGGAGAAUCCGUGGCGAGGCGAAGAAGUGCCGUAAGGUGUACGGCAUCGAGCACCGGGACCAGUGGUGCACUGCCUGUCGCUGGAAGAAAGCCUGCCAGCGCUUCCUCGACUGAACCCCUCACAGAAGAGAGGGAUGAAGAGCGAGAGAAAGAAAGACAGAGCUGUCACCUCUUCAAGAGAAGACUGAGGAAAGAUCUGUGGUUCAACCAGUGGAGCACCAUGUAUGUUGAUGUUUAUUUCUUUCUUUAAAAAAAAUGUUUUUUUUGUACUUUUUACCACUUUACUAAAAGUUUUAUGUAUUUUGUUCAUGUCUUUGACAACUUCGGGUUCUUGUGCGUUGGUGCUCAUGGUGAACUCUGCGUGGGGCAUGCAGCUAAAUUACCUUUGACUGGUAACCUAUGACCUUUACCAGAAGCAUAGUUUUGCAUCUCAGUUCCCCUGUCUUCCUGCCCAGGGAGGGGCUAUAAAGGAAGUGGAACGUGUGAUCCUCUCUUCCAAAUCUUUGGCUAUAACUUAUAAACAGCAGCUCUUCUAUACCCAGCAGCUAUAUAGGGGAUGUCUAUAGAUCUAUGACAUCAUGCCGUCCAUAACUUGGCUUGGAAACAAGGCUUUUGCUGCCGGUUGCUGAUUGUGGGCCUGAGCCAGACAGGCGCUGAGCAGAACAUCUGAUCUGUAAAUUAACCUAACUUCCAAACGCCUGGGCAAGAACAGAUCCGUAUGAUACAAAGGUUAACCGAUCCAUCAGGCUUUGGCUUCCUGUCUGUGCAUGCAGUGGAGAAUGAUGACGAGGAGAAGAACGUAAAGUGAUACUAGGAGGGAGCUAGCCCUAUGUGACAGAGGUGAAGCCUCACUAAAUACUUAGGUCCUGUAAAUAGAAUGCUUGUUACCAUGUCGGAGAAGAGCGUUGCAGUCAACUUGCUCAUUUAUUUGUUAAAAAGUAUUGAGUUUCAUUUAUACCAGCUCUUGUCAAUUGCAUAUAGUGCACGGAUUGGUUGAGAGAAUCCCCCUUGACCUAUAGGAUUCCAACUGCUCAUGAUCUACCAAGCGUCGGUAACCAGGAAGUUGUGUCCUAAACAUUGAGAAUGGAUUGGAGGAGAAGUAAAAUGCAGAUUUGGGAGUCAUUAGCCCAACCUGUCUAAUGUCAUAAGCCAUUUAUUCCUGCAAAUGUGUAUGUAGAUUUUUUUUUUAUGUAUUUGGCUUUUUUAAGGGAACAAAAACAUGUUUUUUGGCGAUGUCGAAUAUGUUAAUUUGUAUUGUUUCGUUAUAUAAUCCAGCAAUGUUGUCUAUAUUUUGCAACUUGUCGUUUUUCUAAGGUGUGUUAAAUACAAUGUUCCGCCAAGAAUUGCCAUGUUGUGGGAUAUAGGAAUGAAUUCACAUACUUUAGACCAAUCAGAUGUCAUACACAUUGAUUUUCACUUCUCUGAGCAUGAUGCAACCAACUGUUAAAGUUAAGGACCCAGUAUCUCAUCCUUGUUGUUAGCAGCUACGGUAGCUAUCCUUUCUGGUAUGCCUUAAAGUCUUCUUAGUUACACCAGAAAUAGUCUAUAAUAUAGCCUCGUAAUAGGCUUUGGUUAUGCUACCUGAUAUCAUUUCAGAGCACUAAGUCUAUAAUUAAAGAGAUACUAUGACAGAAUAGGACAUGACAUGAAAGUAUUGGUUCCCUUUAAAACAUGGAGGUCAUUGGCAGCUUUUGUCUCUUACUCACAUCGUUGUAAUAAAAUGAGCCAUUUUGUAUAAAUAUAUUUAGUCAGGAAUCAAUCUCCAUACAUUUGCCAUAUGCUUGGAUAUCCAACACUCCAGCACCAGCCUCAGUACUGAUGAAACACUAACUGAAUUAUGUUAUCGAGGUUCCAGGUUUGAUGUGGAAUGUACCACGUGGUGCCAAUAAUAAGAACUAAAAUAUGGUGCCAAGAUUUGAGUCAAACAUUUACAUGGCGAAGGGUUUAUCUAGAAUAUGCUGCAUUGUGGCCCUAAAGCCUUGUCACUCUGCCACUUAUUGUAAAUUAACUUGCAUAAACAGAUGUUUCAUAUGUUAAAACCCAGAAUGCUUGUUUAUUGAAACUCAUGUUUCCUUGCAGUAAGCCAAUGAAUCCACAGAAGCAAUUUUUUUUAAAUAUAUUGUGUUAACUAUACUUAACUGCCAAAAUAAUGGAAACACUUGAGUAAAUUUGUUUUGGCUACCAUGACUAGAAGAGAUCUCAGUGACGUUGAAAGAGGAGUCUUUAAAGGUGCAUAAAGGGUUUAAAGUGUGUGUCUUUCAGUUACCAGAUUUGAACCCAAUUGAAUAAUUCUGGGAGAUUCUAGAGCAUCGCCUGAGACAGCGUUUUCCACCACCGUCAACAAAACACCAAAUGAUGGAAUGGUGCCGCAUCCCAGACACAUGUAGAAUCUAUGUGAAGGUGUAUUGACGCUGUUCUGGCGGCUUGUGCUGGUCCAACACCCUAUAAAACACGGGUGUUUUCCUUUAUUUUGGCAGUUACCUGUAUGUAUUGUACCUGGAGAAAAAAAUGACCUCUGAAUAAAGUAAUUUUUUAUUAUGAUGCACUAUUUUUAUAUGGAAUCUGGAAUGUUUUGGUCUUUUUGAUGUUGAAAUAUGCUUGAUAAAGAUUAACCCUGUC